UCCACCUCUGCUUAUUGCCUAGGGUCUCGAAUAUUCUGGCAUAAAAGACACUGUGAAAUUUGCAGUUUCUCUGUGAGAGCUGAACAGUGUGGAUUUGAUUUUUUUUAGCUCCUACUUGAAAGUCUGUAGUGCCAUUCGUAAUGAAACUAACGAUUGCGUUCUCACUUUUGGUUGUUCUUAUAACGGCCAUCGAUUCAGCACCAACAGAAUCGACAGAAAACACUGGCCACUGUGACGUAUCUCUCGAGGUGAAUGUUGACGCAGCAGAGAUGGUGACCGAGGAGGGUGCAGUGGAAACUACGACACAAAAAUUGCAAACGAUGAGCAUUAGGAGGCCACUUCCAGGUAAUUUGACAGCAAUUGGCAUAUCACCAACUCGCGAUUGCGCUACAGGAUACAGUCGUGAUCAGAAUGGCGUGUGUCGCCAACAUUUUGGAUGACUAACAGUUUAGUUUACACAUGGUGUUGAAAUACAAAAACCGUAGUUUGUCAUCACCAUAACGAAGUACACUGAAAACAAUGCAGUGCGUGAAAUACAAGGUAGUAACUAUAAAAAAUUUGAAGGAUUGAUCAUAUUGGUAACAAGACAAAAUGAUCAGGGGACACCCAGGUUCGAACUAGGGACCUCUCGAUCUGCAGUCGAAUGCUCUACCACUGAGCUAUAUCCCCUAUUAAGAUUCACGCACGAAGUGAGACUGGAAAUUUCACGCAAAAGUAAUUUGAACCAGGUAACCAUUUGUCCAGCUGGGAAACUAGAAAACAUACAAACCCUUAAAUGAAGCAGCUAAGUGACACACCUUAGGCUUCUCUUUUAUCGUGAAGGAAGUAGUGACACGAAAUCCUACCUAUAAAAUAGCAUGAAUGAUCUAAACCGGAAACUAAGAAGGGGGCACCCAGGUUCGAACUAGGGACCUCUCGAUCUGCAGUCGAAUGCUCUACCACUGAGCUAUACCCCCUGUACAUGCACACAAUGAAGUAAAGAAAUAAAAUUCACGCGCGAACAAAAUAAACCAAGUAACAAACUGACAGACUGGGAAACAAGACAACAUACCUUUAGAUGAGCAGCUAAGUCGACAGUUGAAGCCUCACACAGUGACUUAGUUGGCUUUUGUAUUCUUCACCUUUAAUUUAAUGUGGUGAUGGUACAGAAUGACAGUAACUGCUGGUCAGACAGCAUCGUACAACUGAGGGUUUACCUUUGCCACGAAGGAUCUUUUGGAACAGCUCUCACUCUACGAUCUAUACAGUUAAACAAGAAGCUAAUAUUCUAGGAAAACCAUAGACUGAAAAGAAGAAACAGGACUUGUUAAUUAUUUCGCACAAGGGGGCACCCAGGUUCGAACUAGGGACCUCUCGAUCUGCAGUCGAAUGCUCUACCACUGAGCUAUACCCCCUAUAUUAGAUUUGAUGACCCCAGCAAUAGCAUCAGCAGUGCAAUUGCCAAUUAAAUGUCAAAGUUUCCGUCUGCUGUCAUCUUCUUAUUACGCAAUGCAUUCAAUAGUUUCAUCCGUAAAACUUGUAGUAGUUUAUUCAAAUCUCUAACAACGUCAACAUUGAUUGUGCUUUAUCAAGUAGCACAUACGACGCAACGGAUGCGUACACGUCACUUAGUACGGACACCAACUUUAUGUUUCGUGUUGGAGUUUGUACGAAGGAACGUGGGCCUAUAGUACUGUGUCAAAUGCCGUCAAAGUCGCUGUGUAGCAGCAUUGUCCGAAAUAAAACGGGUUCAUGUCUUAACAUGUCUUUUAAAAUGGAUGUAACAGAAUAUUACAGCUUCCAACGCAAUGUGAGCUGCAAAUAUUAUUCCCCCGAGUUCUAAUGAUAUUGAACACAUUUCUUUUCAAGCUCUUGGGACAAUAACGUCGACAAGUCGUUCAAUAAUUUCCUUGAUCGAAACAGACCGCUAUUGCAGUUGCUCGAUACAGAAGUGUUUACAAGUGUUUUCCUAUCUGCUUGCGUUGUAUUUUCAGAUCAAAUGGAGUCGUCCUUAUUCCAAUACGUUUCAUUUGUUCCUCUUUUAAUAGCGUUGUGUAUUUCUUGGCUUGUUAGUUUGAUUGUAAGAUCCCUUAUUAAUGCAUAUCGCUUUAGCGUUUUGAUCCGUCAAUUGCCUCAAGGACCUCGACCUCUCCCGAUUGUCGGUAACGCCCUGUCGUUUAAAGGGAAAUUUGAUUACAUACUCCGCUUGUUGCAAGUGGAUUGGCCUCGUGAUUAUGGUGAAAUCUAUUGCGUCUAUAUGGGACCGAUAUGUUGCGUCAGCAUUUCUUCACCGGAACUGCUGGAGUCUAUUUUGAAAAGUCAAAAGCUGUUGGAUAAGGGAGAAACUUAUAAAUUCUUUUCUCCGUGGUUGGGCGAUGGACUUCUUUUAAGUACAGGUGCCAAAUGGAAAAUGAGAAGACGCUUGUUGACCCCAGCUUUCCAUUUCCAAAUUUUGAAUAGUUUCGUUGACGUUUUUAACAAUGAGAGUCAGAUUUUGUGCGAUUUAUUGGACAAGCGGAUCGGGAACGAAGAUGAAAUUUCAGAGCUCAACAUUUAUCCUUUCAUAGCCAAUUGCACUCUCGACAUUAUGUGCGAGACUUCAAUGGGAGUCUCGGUGAAUGCGCAAUCACGGACGUCUGAUUACGUCACAGCCCUUUACAGAAUCAUUCAAAUCUUAAUGGAAAGAUUCUCAAAACCUUGGCUGGCCGUUGAUGUCAUCUUUCAUUUUACACAGCAAGGCCGUGAACAUCGCCAUCUGUUGACCACUUUGCAUUCGUUCACUAGAAACGUAAUAAAACAAAGGCGACACUCGUUGGAGAAAGACCCGACACAGUUCAUCGACGAUGGAGACAUCAAACCAAAGGGAAACCGACGAGCCCUUUUAGAUCUGCUACUAGCGUUUGAAGCCGAUGAUAAUAACGCGGGGCUGAGUGAUCAAGACAUUCAAGAAGAAAUCGACACCUUCAUGUUUGAGGGCCAUGACACGACAACAUCAGCGAUAUCCUGGUUCUUGUACUGCAUGGCCACCAAUCCUGAAUGCCAGGAAAAAGUUUGGACUGAACUGCGAGACGUUUUCGGGGAAUCGGAUCGUCCGUGUUGUCAACAGGAUUUGACUAGCCUCAUCUACUUGGAACGUUGCGUGAAGGAAGCGAUGCGGAUGUAUUCCCCCGUGCCACACAUCGAGAGGCACGUCAAGGAAGACUUCAAAAUCGGCGACUAUCUAAUUCCAUCCGGAUGUGACAUCAUUUUGCUGUUGUUCGGCCUCCACCACAACCCGCGAUUGUACCCGAAUCCAUGGGAGUACGAUCCGGAGCGUUUCCUGCCUGAUCGAAUAGAGGGCCAUCAUCCCUAUUCGUACAUUCCGUUCAGUGCUGGACCUCGCAACUGCAUUGGCCAGCGUUUUGCUUUAAUGGAAAUCAAAAUUGUGGUGUCGACUUUCUUACGUCGUUUCCGAGUAUCGUCGUCACCGAUGGCAACCGAACCCAUUCCUUCCAUGCAAGGGGUUCUGAAGCCCCUCAACGGAAUCACUCUUCAAGUUUCUCAUCGUAGAUUUCAUGUCUAAUUAUCCGCCAUUUUCAAAUACAUUUAUUAUAGUGAGA